UUUGCGAUAGGUCAAUAAAAACAAAGAAGAAGAAGAAGAACUACAACCUAAUAGCUAAAGGCAGAAGAAAGCUUUUACCACAGUAACUGUUGCUAACCUGUUUGGAGACUUGAUUAACACAGGGUUUUUUUUCUUUCUUUGAGAGCUUUCUGGGAGACGCAGUAGCUAAAUUUGCGUCUGUUUCAAUCUCAUCAAGCUGCCAGUGACUCGCAAACAGACUGUCAGUGGCUGAGCGACAACAAAGAGACUGCAGCUGCACACUGCUGGCUGGCAGCGGUGCUGAUGUGUUGUAGUUUAAUUUGACUGGUAACAGGUAACAUUAAGCAGCCAGACAUGACGGGCAUGGCCUCACCGGAGAAGGCGUCAAGCACCAAGAAGAAGAGCGAGAGGAAAUGUGCCACCAAAGAUGAGUACAGGCAGCUGUCCAGCAUCAUGGGAGUCAUGAACAACCUGAGGAAACAGGGUACCCUCUGUGAUGUGACCCUGGUGGUUCAGGGGAAACACAUAUCUGCCCACAGGGUGGUGCUGGCUGCUGCCAGCCAUUUCUUCAGCCUCAUGUUCACCACCAGAAUGAUGGAGUCGAUGUCCCAUGAGGUGGAACUCAGGAGUGCUGAGCCUGAGAUCAUUGAGCUGUUGAUUGAAUUUAUCUACACAGCUAGGAUUUCAGUGAACAGCAGUAAUGUCCAGUCGUUGCUGGAUGCAGCCAACCAGUACCAGAUUGAGCCAGUGAAGAAAAUGUGUGUGGAGUUCCUCAAAGGACAGAUUGAUGCAACAAACUGCUUGGGAAUCUCAGCCCUGGCAGACUGUAUGGACUGUCCUGAGCUCAAGGCAGCAGCAGAGGACUUUUUUCAGCUCCACUUCACUGAAGUCUACAAACUGGACGAGUUUCUGCAACUGGAUGUCACACAGCUCACACAUCUACUGCACCAGGACAAACUCACUGUCCGUGCUGAGGCACAGAUUUAUGACGCAGCGGUGCGCUGGCUGAAGUACGAUGUGUGUAACAGACAGCAGUAUAUGGUGGAGGUGCUGGGGUGUGUUCGCUUCCCCCUGGUCUCCAAAACCUUUCUGUCCAAGACAGUGCAGGCUGAGCCUCUCAUCCAGGAAAACCCACAGUGCCUCAAGAUGGUCAUCAGUGGGAUGCGCUACCACCUACUGUCUCUGGAGGAUCGAGAGGACCUGGGAGAGAGCAGCCGCCCACGACGCAAGAAGCAUGAUUACCGAAUUGCUUUGUUUGGAGGCUCCCAGCCACAGUCCUGCCGCUACUUCAACCCCAAGGACUCCAGCUGGACAGACAUCCGCUGCCCCUUCGAGAAGCGCCGGGAUGCCACAGCCGUCUUCUGGGACAAUGUGGUGUACAUCCUGGGUGGCUCACAGCUCUUCCCCAUUAAACGUAUGGACUGCUACAACGUCCUGAAGGACAGCUGGUACUCCAAGCUAGGUCCUCCCACACCUCGUGACAGCCUGGCUGCCUGCGCCGCCCAGGGCAAGAUCUACACAUCCGGGGGCUCGGAAGUUGGCAGCUCAGCCCUGGACCUUUUCGAGUGCUACGACACCAGGACAGAGUCAUGGCAAGUGAAAACUAGCAUGCUGAUGGCCCGCUGCAGCCACGGCUCAGUUGAGGCCAAUGGGCUCAUCUACGUCUGUGGAGGAACUGUGGGCAACAAUGUCUCUGGCAGGGUCCUCAACAACUGUGAGGUCUAUGAUCCCAACACACAACAAUGGAAGGAGCUAUGUGGGAUGAGAGUAGCCAGGAAGAACCACGGGCUGGUGGUGGUCAACAACAGGAUCUAUGCUAUUGGAGGGCAGGGGGCACUGGGUGGAUUGGACUCGGUGGAGUACUACGACAUCGCCAGUAAUGAGUGGCGUGCUGCCUCAGCGAUGCCAUGGCGAGGUGUUACGGUGAAGUGUGAGGCUGUGGGCGAUACCAUCUAUGUGCUGGCGGGGUUUCAAGGGGUUGGGAGGCUCGGACAUGUCCUGGAGUACCACACUGACACUGACAGGUGGGUGACCUGCAGCAAGGUACGAGCGUUUCCCGUCACCAGCUGCCUUAUCUGUGUAGUCGACACAUGUGGAGUGAACGAGGACGAGGACAUGGACCUCAUAGACUCUCAGACGCACACUGCGGCUGCUGCCUCUUCAUCUGCCUCAACCUCAUCAUCCUCAUAGGACACAAGGGAGAUUUUAUGUAUAUUCAUUUGUGACGUUUAAUGGCAGUUUUGACAGCCACUGAAUUAACUGAGCUCAUGUACAUGAGGAGAGUCUUCAUGUCAUGUCAGCACACACUAAUGUGAAUAAUCACAUGCGUAUUCAGGCAACAGACUGGUAAUGUUCUGUAUUCAGCUAUCUCUUGUGUCCAAAUUUCUCUUUAUUUUUUAGCCAUACUAGCAUUGUAGACUCUACUGUUAGUGGAACACCAGUGGAACACAAUCCACAAAUGUAAGAAAAGCGAAUCAGAGCGAGUUGCAAAAUCAGUUCAACAGACUGAUUUAGAAAAUAUCUUAAAAACAAAAAAAAGACAAAUACAGUCUGAGAAUAUUGAAGAAAUCUCAGCUUGUCAGAUUUUUUUUAAAUUUGAUUUCUUGGUCCUUAAAGAAGAUCUUUGUGAUUUUGUUUUAUUUUUGCUUGUGUAGUAUGUACUAGAUAGUAGAUGGAGUAUAUGAAUCUUUUUUGUGUAUAUAUUUAAUUACUAUCCUUUGGUAAGUCAUCGUAACUCAAAAUAGACUUUACAAAGAAAGAAUAAACAUCUUAUUAUCAGCCAUAUGUGGAGUAAAAACUAUCUGAAUGUGAUAAUUAAAAAAACGUGUCGAUGA